AUGUAGAAAAAUUAGAAAACUAGCAAACUUGUGAUUGAGACUAUUGUGUAAGAAAAUGGUCUUUCUGAUAGUGGGGAAGAUUUUCAAAUAUUCGCUAUACCUAAUUUUUAUGGUUACGUAUAAGAAGCUCUUAAUUAAAACGAGGACAAGCCUCCAUCUUACAGCCAAUAAUAAUACAAAGACAUUAAAGAAUUUACACAAAAUGUAGAUGUCAGUUUGUUAUAGAAGAAAAUGAAUGAUUUUAAUUCAGAAUCAGAAUUCGAGUUCUCAGAGUAGAAUUUUUCUCAUGUUGGUCCAGAAUGA